AUGUAUGAAAAGCAAAUCCGCCUAUCCUCAGCGCCCCAGCCACCAAACCGGCCGCUCAAGGUCCUCAGCGUUGGUCUCCCCCGAACAGGCUCCUACUCUAUGUGUCUCGCCCUCUCAGAGCUAUGUUAUAAAGAUGUCUAUCACUGCAUGCACACGUUAGACAACCUUGAGCACUGGAUGUUCUUCGGCGAAGCCUCAAACCGACUCUUCCCAACCCUCCAAUCCUAUAACGGAAAGGGCAUGGUGGCAGAAGACUGGGUGAUCAGCUCUUCGGACCAUGUUAUCCUUUGCGAAAGGCCAUUCGACCGCUGGGAACCAUCAGUCACGCAGCUGUUGAAGUCGAACUUUGGUCCAGUGCAGAAUUUCAUCCGCGACUGGGUCGAACCUUUUACACGAGGUAAAGGGCAGACUUCAUAUGUUGAGAAUCUCCAGAAGAUGCUGCUAGGAUGGACUCGCUCGCAGAACGUUGACGAAGCCAUUUCCAAUCUACGUGUAAUAUACGACAGACACAACGAUACCGUCAAAGAACUCGUUCCUCCUGAGAAUCUGUUACUGUACAAGCUUGGUCCUGGGUGGGAGCCCCUGUGCGAGUUUCUCGGAAGAGAUGUUCCAGAUGUACCGUUUCCACGUGUCAAUGAAGGGUCUGCACUUGCGAGAACGAUUUGGAAGAAGCAAGUUCGGGAGGUUAAAAGGGCGGCGCCGACUAUUUUCUUGUAUUUGGGUGGUGUAUUAAUUGCGUUUCUCAUCCUGAAGUUUAGCUGGAUAUACUUGGGCUUCUGA